UAGGAGGAAUUAGGGGUGACAAAGUUCAUCAGGAGCGGACUAGACAGAUGAACCGAACAUGUCAGGCCGGCCACAAGUUCUCCCACGAUCCGAACCCAAGAGGAUGUAACUCUAUACGACAAAGAGACGGGUAGCCGCCUCAACAGAUGUGCUUGCUGCCAGCUGGGGGGUUGCACAGGACCCGCUAAACUGCUAGAGUUUCUUUCUUAUCACUGUGGUUAACGGUUCAAAACUUUUAUUCUAUUUUGCCUGAGUGGAGUCCACCCCAGAUUUUAGCGUUGUAGGUAAGAAGGCAAUGAGCGGUUGAGUGGUUUGGCAAGAGAAUGAUGGGAGUUGUAUUACAGCCGUGAAACUUGAAGUUAUGAACAUAUAGCGAGUGACCACCACACCUAUCUUGUUGCUGUUGGCCAGGUGUAAUGAAGAAAGGGCGUUGAACCUAGUGAGCUGCUAACCCUUCAGCCUUUAAAUCAUUAUCUAUUUGUAACGCUCCGUCGGGGUAGUUUUUUUAGAAAAAAAAAACGUACGCCGGAGAUGAGUGCCUUGGAUUCUGCUGUCGUCAAACAGGAUGCCGACACGAACCAAAAGCGUUUUAGUUUAUUGCAGCUUUUACAAGAAUCUGAACACGAGAUGGAGCCACGAGAGCGAUCGCGUUGCCAAGAAAUGACCAAUCAGAAGCCAACUCAAGCGACGACAUCGACAUUAUCGCCAAGAGAGAGGUGGGAGCAGUUGCAUGGUGGUAUAGUUAAUAUUGCGUUCGAAGAUGAGUGUACUGCAGAAACAAAUUGUGAGGGUUUGGUGAAGCAGUCAGUGGGAAAAUUGACCCGAAGUCGUGACGAAAUUAGUCAUGAGAAAAAGGAGAGUCUGAGUCUGACAGACUACAGCAAAUCACUUCCCGUUCGAAGAAAAAUAUUUCGACCUAGGCAACGCUACGUCCCUGUGAAAACUCUGACGGCGUCAUGCUUCGAUACUGCUGCAGCUUCGAACGUACCAGAAAGGUACAGUGUCAGUGAUACAGACCAAUCUGAAGAAAGCUGUUCAUAUACAUGUGGGUCUUCAGUCGAGCCCCAGAAUUGGUCUGAGCAACAGGGGUCCACUGUACUUGACCCGGGGGGAUACCCCAACGUUUCUUGCGACAUCGACAGCGGAAGGUUAGAAGGAAGUUUUUUAUUUAAAGAGGAUAGUUCUGCUACCACUGACCUUAACCUAAUAUCCAAUGAAAACAGUGAUGCCUCGCAUGCAGCCUCUCAGUCUGUAGCUCUCGACAAAAAGAUAGGUCACUUUUCAGCUCGCCAGGACAAGAGGCCGGACACUGAGGGGUGUGGCUUCAGUGCGGAAGUCGAUAGGUCUAGUGAGUCGCGGGACGAUCCCAAUGUGGUUGGUAGCUCGAGCCACAGGCAAGAGCUUGGUGAUUUUGAGUGUGAUAGGGACGGAAAAGGAUCUACGGCUGCUCGCAAAAAAUACAAAAUACAAAAGAUAGGUGUGUUUUAUAGUGACACAGCUCAGUGCGGUGUAGUAGCUUCAGAGAAAGAAAACUCAUCUUCUUCACCAGUUUGUCAUACAGAGCCUUCUAGUUCUGGCACCACUUGUAAAACCACCAGUUUGUUGUACAGAGCCUUCUAGUUCUGUCACCACUGUAAAAACACCAGUUUGUUGUACAGAGCCUUCUAGUUCUGUCACCACUGUAAAAACACCAGUUUGUUGUACAGAGCCUUCUAGUUCUGGCACCACUGUAAAACCACCAGUUUGUUGUACAGAGCCUUCUAGUUCUGUCACCACUGUAAAAACACCAGUUUGUUGUACAGAGCCUUCUAGUUCUUGCACCACUGUAAAAACACCAGUUUGUCAUACAGAGCCUUUUAGUUCUGGCACCACUGUAAAAACACCAGUUUGUUGUACAGAGCCUUCUAGUUCUUGCACCAUUGUAAAAACACCAGUUUGUCAUACAGAGCCUUCUAGUUCUGGCACCACUGUAAAAACACCAGUUUGUUGUACAGAGCCUUCUAGUUCUCGCGCCACUUUAAAACCACCACCGAGGAGGCGUCGUUUUUCGAAUUCUCCUGGAAGACGCACCCCAAGGAACGCAGCUACCUUGACUAACCCCAGGGGUUGUGCUGAACCAGAUCAGAAAAAUGUUGGUUCGCGACAAUCUUUUAUAAGGUUAAUUGAAACGUCUAUCGUGGGUAGACCACCUGUAGUGUCGGAAGUUAUGGCCCGAGGUACGGUAGCAGGAGACGGCCUUAUCAGAAACCAACAAAACAGUGAGAAUCCUGGCUCCGCCCUUGGCGUCGAAAGGAGAGGAGGCACGGGUCGUCAAGUUAACGAAAACAGUAUGGCACAACGUGGAGAUCGACGGGAAAACCCACAACUUCCAGUAGAUGGGUAUACUCAAGUGGAUACUACCCCUAAUCCAGACGUCUUGCCCGAUAUUCUUAACUCACAUCUACCCCCACCUUAUUCUACACUCCCCCCACCUUCCAAUAGACGUUUACCUCCCCCAACGCAUCCUCCACCUCCACCUCCGAUACCCCAUGGACCCCCUGUUUAUGUACCCGCCGGACCUAUGACUGCACUCUGUCCACCUCCUAAUGCGGGAAGGUCAGUACGAGGUGGUCGGAGUGGAUUUCGACCUUUUCCUCCACGAGGAAGGAAUAGACCCCCGGCUAUAGGAACUACCUAUACUGCUGCUGCAGCCUCCGAAAGCGAUGAACCCAAGCACUGUUGUGGUGUGAUUGUUACUCAAACUGUUAGCAUUCGAUGGUUUAUUGUGAUGAUUGCAUUUGUAGGACUUUGCUGCGCCAUUGUUGGAACAGUACUUGGAGCACUUAAAGCAACGGGCCGAGAGCACUUGACUGUAUCACUGUUAAUGAUCGGUGUCGGAAUUGUGCUGAUCACCGUUAGCGGAAUUGCCUGGAAACUGACGUCUCAUGAUGCUCCAUCUUGCAGAGCAAUGCUAGGCUUACAGUCAGACAACCCAGAACCCAACAGAAGGUUCGUGCCUCGAGUGCCCCCUUACGGACGUCCGCACCAUCCGUAUGGAGCUAUGAUGUAUCCUGAAUUUCAACACCGCCCCCCGCCUCCUUCGUAUCAAGCUUCCAUGCAGGAAUAUCGCUUAAGGUUGCUUCUUCUAGAUCGUCAACAGGGGGCAGCAUCGUCACUAGUUUCCCCGCCUCCUACGUAUCGUUCACACUCAAGUAGCACUUUACAAAGGCCACCCCUCAAUAUGGUAGAACGAGAUCAUAGUCGCCCUCCUAGUUAUAGGUCGCGAGCUAGUUCAGGGGUGGCGCUCCGAGCAAGUUCGGACACUUUAGAAUCUCAUCGAGCUCAUGAAAAUAGUGCGACUCGAGCUAACGCUAGUCAUAGCCGUAACCCAUCACUAACUCUAAGCUUUCUCUCUCACGAAUCUCUGUUUGUGGACUCGAAUCACUCCCGCCCAAUAGAACAAUCUCAGUCAAACCAAGUUGCGGAACUACGGACACCUUGUGGUGAGAGUAGAAACUAUGAACUGGACGAAAGUCCUGUGUCGCAAACUGAAUCUCAGCACGACACAAUUCGAACUAUGUGGGACUGCGGUGAGCAGAGUGUGCGAAAGAACGUGGAUAUCAACAGGGUUACCAUCGUGCAAACUACUGACUCUUCUCAAGUGCUUAACCAAGAUGCUGUGAUUGUUUCUGUGAAUGGACAGAGUCUUAGAUCACCGGUUUCGCCAUCUAGUGGCAACCAAGGAGAAGUGCAAAUCUUAGCACAUGUAUAACUUCGGAAGUAUGUAGUUUCAGUAAAGCUCAGGUUACACA